AUGUCACCAAGCUUGCCUUUUAGCAAGGAGACCUUCAGUUCCAACAAUGAGCUCGACCCCACAUCGCGUCUUUUACCAGCCUCCUCCUCUACAUCUCAAUAUCUACUCAUUCGUCCCACAGAGGACAUCCAAAGAUUUUUGAAGAAAGAUCUCUGCUUGGAAAGACUCAAUCAUAUCCAUCAAUACCUAUGGCUGGCUGGCCAGCCCAUGCCUCCCAAACCCCUGAAUUAUCAGCUCUCUACAUCCCGUGAGAUUGUCGUCGACCAACGAAUUGACAUGCACCUAGUCUGGGAACACCCUCAGCGCCUUCAUAUCAAACCUCUUCCACGGUAUCUUCUAGACUCCGACUUUUGGGUCACAAACUUGAUUACCUGUAAAGAGCCAUGCUGUAUACACGCACAAACCAAUCAUGUUGCACGAGACCCAGCCACAAAAUGUACAAAGGACAUCCACAAGUGUGCCCUUGGAUUUCUCUACUCCUACAUUGCUCUAGUCCGGUUUGAAUGCGAUCUCACCAUCGCUCAUAACCACCAUCUACUUCCAAAGGAUGUGACCUGGGAGAACUGGCUCCGGCUCGUCCACCAACUCCUCGAUAAUGGAACGACCAAUCCAGGUGCCAUCAACCCCAGAUAUCUCUACGGUGAAUUGAGAUUGUCACAACUCAACAAAAUUUAUGUUUUUCGGCAUGGAAGUUUCUUACAAGGCUAUCAAUUUACCUAUCAAACAUAUGGGGAGUUAUUCCGUGAUUACCUGGGGCCACUAACGGCGGCAACGAUCUACAUUGCGCUGGUGUUGACUGCGAUGCAAGUUGGACUGGCAACUAGCCAUCUGGGAGAGAAUGCAUCUUUUCAGAGUGCGUCGUGGGGCUUCACUGUUUUCGCAAUACUGGGGCCGUUGAUCGUGGUUCUGUUGGUGGGCAUUGUUGGCAUAUUUCAGUUCUGCACUAAUCUUGUCGUUACCAAGAGGUUCGCACAAAGGCAGUUUGCACUACAUGAAGAUCAGAGAACCCAGAACCAAGUACCUUGA